AUGGGCAAACAACUGUCAGUCACCAUCUUCAUCAUCGCCAUCGUUGUCACGGCGGUAGGGACGUGUCUGUUGUCGGUGCUUGGUUUCUACCUAUUCAGCCGCCGCCGUAAGGCCAAGAAACGAGCAGACGAGGUCGAGAAGGAGGCGAACGCCGCCCUGGACCGGGCCAUCGUGAGCUAUAUCGUCAAGGACCAGCCGAGCCCUCCGGGAUCAACAGCACAAGUUGCGCCGCAGCGACAUGAGCCUGCCAUGACGCCGGCUUUGGGCGCAAAGAUGAACAAACCCGACGCUCAUGGGCCCAUUAAUGCGCCGCAUGGACCUGCAAGACCCCUCUUUGGUCGAGUCCAGUCGCUCCGCAGGACAGAGUCGUCGGCAUCGGACUCGCGGGGUUCCAACGGAAGAGCGUCUUCGCCGUUGACGCCGAGCGUUGAACGGGUUUAUGCUGCUAUUCUCGCCAGGCCGCUUGAGUAUGUCCGAACAAGGACCUCAUCUCGGCUUGCGGAGCCAGGUGUGGCAGCUAGGGAUGAUGUUGGCUGGCCCUUGCCGUCAACGGAGAGCUGGGUAUAA